GACCGGUGCGGCAUCGGCUGCGGCUCGUCUACCGUCGCGCCGGCCAUCGUAUACUUCCCGCCGGGAAAAUACCUGAUUGCACACCCGUUGCUUCAGUUUUAUUUCACCCAGUUCAUCGGCGACCCCAUUAACGUCCCGGAGCUGAUUAUGGCCCCGAACUUUGAUGGCGAUAAAGUGAAAGCCCUGAUCACGUCCAACGAGUACGUGUCCGGCCCUGGUGAGAUUUGGACCAAUCAGAAUAAUUUCUACCGCCAGGUGCGCAACUUUGUCAUCGACCUGACCCAAGCGCCCGCUGAUAAAGAGGCCACAGCCAUACACUGGCAGGUGGCUCAGGCUACUAGUAUCACAAAUGUGCAUGUUAAAAUGAGCACAGCUGCCGGCAAUAAGCAUCAGGCUAUUUGGAUGGAAAAUGGCUCAGGUGGCUAUAUGUCUGAUUUGGUGUUUGAGGGUGGUAAUUACGGUAUGUGGGUGGGCAAUCAACAGUUCACCUCGCGCAAUAUUACCAUUCGCAAUGCCAACACCGCUAUUUUCAUGAACUGGAACUGGGGUUGGACGUUUAAGGGUAUCAAGAUCGAGAAUUGUAAAACAGGAAUUGAAAUGACUGCCGGGGGUGAAGCGGCACAAGGGGUCGGUUCCCUAUUACUGGUGGACUCCGAAAUCAAGGACACACCCAUCGGUGUACUCACAGUAAACAGCGCUACCAGCAAACCCGCCGGUGCCGGCACACUCGUACUGGACAACGUCAAACUGACCAAUGUGCAAAAAGCUGUGGCCCAUCCCAACGGCCAAACUGUGUUGGAUGGCGGCAACAAGGUGAUCGCCUCGUGGGGUCAGGGUCGUUUCUACGACGCCCAGGGUCAGGGCAAAUACCAACAAGGUCCGUUGGACGCGCCCCAGAAGCCCAAAGUCCUGUUGGAUGCGCAGGGUCGAUUCUUUGAGCGCACAAAACCCCUAUACCUGGACGUAGCGAUGGGUGACUUCAUUUCGGUCAAGUCGGAGGGCGCCAAAGGGGACGGCGUUACCGACGAUACCGCUGCCAUAACCCGCGCCCUGUCCAAAUGGGCCGGGUGCAAGGUCAUUUAUUUCCCGGCCGGCGAUUACGUGGUGACCGACACAGUGCUGGUGCCCGCCGGCUCACGACUGAUCGGCGAGGUUUGGUCAGUCAUUAUGGCUACGGGUAACAAGUUUGCUGAUGCUAAUAACCCCCGGCCCGUGUUUCAAGUGGGCAAACCCGGUGAAAAGGGAAUCGCCGAGAUUAGCGAGAUGCUGUUCUCCACCGAGGGUUCGGUGCCUGGUGCCAUUAUGCUCCAGAUCAAUUUGAAAGAGUCGGUACAGGGUGGUGUCGGCAUAUGGGACACCCAUUUCCGUAUUGGUGGCGGUAAGGGUACGAGAUUGCAGAGCUCUAAUUGCGCCAAGGGUGGCCCAAUGAGACCCGAGUGCCAAGGUGCGUUUGUGAUGUUGCACGUGGCCGAGACCGGUAGCGCGUUGGUCGACAAUAUGUGGGCCUGGGUGGCCGAUCACGAUCUGGAUGGGCCCACACAGGUGUCCCUAUACAACGGUAGAGGUGUUCAUAUCGAGAGCAAAGAGGGCCCGGUAUGGCUGUACGGCACGUCGUCCGAGCACUCGGUGUUCUAUCAGUACAAUAUAGCUAACGCUAAGAACGUGAUGAUGGGUAUGAUUCAGACAGAGACCCCCUAUUAUCAGGCAUACCCCGCGGCUCCUGAGCCGUACAAACCUCUGGCCAAGUGGAACGACCCAGAUUAUAGCCACUGCGAAAAGGGCUCAGUCACCUGUCCCAUGGCCUGGGGCUUAAGGAUUGUCAACUCAGAGCACGUGUAUGUUUAUGGCGCCGGGCUGUACAACUUUUUCCAGAACUACGACCAAGGUUGUCUGACCACUGAACACUGUCAGGACAAUAUGCUGUCCAUCGAGAAGUCGCCCAAAAAUGUGUUUAUCUAUAACUUGAAUACUAAGGCGUCGGACAAUAUGGUGACCGUUGACGGCCAGUCCAAAGCCAAACAGGCGGACAAUAGGGCCUCGUUUUGCUCAACCAUUGCUGGUUUUCUCGAG